CCCCCGCCCCCCGGAGCCGGCUGCCUUGGCUCGGCCUCCUGGGGGACAGCCCCCAGUUCGCCUCCAAGCCCACCCGGGUCGCCGCUGGGCCCAGGCCCCUGGAGCGACGAGUGCACCAUCUGCUACGAGCGCGCCGUGGACACGGUCAUCUACACGUGUGGCCACAUGUGCCUGUGCUACGCCUGCGGCCUGCGCCUCAAGAAGGCCUUGCAGGCCUGCUGUCCCAUCUGCCGCCGGCCCAUCAAGGACAUCAUCAAGACCUACCGCAGCUCCUAGCUGGUGCCGGGGCCU